CCUCCCGUCAGCUCCCUGCGCGGAUUCCCGGGCAUGAACGGCGAGGAGGCGGAGGGUCCUCCGCGGCCGGCCCUCUGCAAGGAGAUGUGCCCGGCGACGGAGUUCAACCGGCGGCGGCGCCAGAAGCGGCUGCACCGGCUGGAGCUGAGCGCGGACGGGAAGCCGGACCCCGCGCGGGCGGUGAAGGAGUUUUCCCGCCCGGCGGCCGGCCAGGCUCCCCCGCGGGCUUCCGACCUCCGCCCGCCGCCGGUGCUGCUGGCCACGAUGCGGCACCUGCUGGGCGUCUGGGGGGCCGAAGGCGGCGGGGUGUCCCCGGCCGAGCGCUGCGCCUUCGUGGCCGACCGGCUGCGCGCCAUCCGGCUGGAUCUCGCUCUGCAGCGCCCGCCCGCCGCCCCCUGCGCAGCCCUGCUGGAGCGCGCCCUGCUCUACCUGCUCCACGCCGGAGCCCGGCUCUGCGACCAGCCGCCCGGCCGCUUCGACGCCCACCUGCACGACGGGCAGCUCCGCGAGACCUUCGCCGCCCUGCGCCGAUCCUACCGCCGCCCCGGCUGCGCCCAUCCUGCCCAGCCCCGCUUCCAGGCGCUCUUUCUGCUCUACCACCUGGGCUCCCCAGAUGCUCUCUGGCAGAUCCUCCAGCUGUCCGAUGAUAUCCGAGCCUCUCCCGACCUCAAGGCUGCCCUCGCCAUCCACUGGGCUUUCCUGGAACGCGAUUUUGCCCGUUUCUUCCGCCUGGCCCGGGAGCUCCCUUACCUCCCCAGCUGCGCCCUCCAUCCCCACCUGGCCAGAACCCGCCGCUUGGCAUUGCUCACUUUUAGCCACGGCUUCAAUGCAAAAAACUGCCGGUACCCCCUGGCCCGGCUGAGCCACCUGCUGGCUAUCGACACCCCGAAAGAGGCCGCUGACUUAUGCCGGGCGCACGGCUUGACCGUCACGGAGGACAGCGUCGUCUUCCAGAAAUCCUCCUUCAAGGAUUCGGCUACUUUGGAAAACAGGACUUCCGUGCUCCUCGUGGACGGGAAAUGGAAGGGGAGUCUGUUGGAUCUCGCGGAGAGGGUCUGCAGCUAAGGCAGCGUGUGUGUGUGUGUGUCACGCUGCAGUGCGUGUGCGCAAGUCUCCUGUUCAGGCACGAAAGAAUAAUUUGCCUUGGAACGCUGGCUGCGGUUUGCAAACCUCUCUCUGUAUGUAGAAAGCUAGCUCUUCAGGGAUGUUGCAAGCAGCAAAUUAUUGUUUACAGCCUCUCAAUUGUGCCUCCUUGUUCUACUAUACGGGCAGGUAUUCACUUACUUUCCCUGCCGGCUUGCACGCAUGCGGGCGGCUUGAAAACGUGCCUAAAUAGGACGGCAUAGAGCCUGGGUGGGCGGGCCUGCGAGUGCCCCAACAAGCUGCGAUCCAAACCGGCUCUGUAUACGGGUAACUGGCAUUUGCUGCUUGUUUUAGAACAGCGUUUUUCAACCUCUGCAAGUUUAAGAUGGAUGGACUUCCAACUCCCAGAAUUCCCCAGCCAGCAUGCUUUAAGGACUUCAACUCCCAGAAUUCC